AUGUGACACAGUUCUGAGUAUGUCACAGUAGUUCUAAGUAUCAAAUAUUACAUCUAUAUCGUCGCGCUAUUUAUAAAAUAAGGACACAUUACGCUUAGAUAAUUAUAAAAAGUGUACUGCCAUUAAAUAUAAAAUUAAAUAAACUAUAAAUUCUUUGUUUUUAACAAAAAUAGAAUGAAGCAGAGUAUAUCUGAUAACAAAAAUAAAAUAAUGCUGAGUAAUAUGCAGUCUGAUAAAAGAAACGACGGCAACUACGUGGAAACUGUACGGGGACCCAUGAGAAUGUCUAAACUCGGUACAACAUUAACGCACGAAUACUUAAUAUGUGAUUUUUCCAAUCUUUACGUACCUCCUUUCUACGUAAACUCAUAUGAUUUUACAGCUUCUUCUUUAAAGAAUCUCGGAUAUGUUAGACAAUAUCCAUACAGCUAUUUGGAAAAUCUGCGGCUUAAUGAUGUAGAAGGAAUAACUGCUGUUUUUAAAGAAGUGGAUUUGUUUAAACGAUCUUAUGGUGGAACUAUCGUGGACAAAUCUAGUUGUUUAAAUCGCAAUAUUUCUGUAUUGAAAUCACUUAGUGAUACAACCGAUGUUAAUAUAAUUAUUGGAACAGGUUAUAAUAUUCCUGAUGCACCAAAUUUACUGUCUACGAAGACUACAGAGGAAAUGUACAAUGAUAUACAAGAUGAAAUGGAAAAUGGUUGCAAAACGGAACGGAGUGUGAAGCCAGCAUUUAUCGCAGAAGGCGGCGAUAUUAUUCUAGACUUUGAAAUACGUGCUCUUCGUGCAAUGGCACUAUAUCAAGGGCAAUUUCGUUGCCCCGUGAGUUUUCAUCCCGGAAAAUACGUAAUUCCACUUACCGAAAUAAUGCGGAUUUAUCAAGAAGCAGGGGGAAGGGCCACAGAACUUGUUAUAGCCCACAUUGAUCGUUCAAUAGGGACAGAAAAUAUCAUGGAGUUCAUCGAGAAGAACCAAUGUUACAUCCAGUUUGAUCAGUUUGGUGUCGAUACUCCUUUUUAUCAAUUGAAUCCACGUACUGAUAUAAUGUCAGAUACGCAGAAAAUCCAACUUAUCGCAAUGAUGAAAGCAGAAGGAAAACUACAUCGAGUUCUCAUGAGUCACGAUAUUCACACUAAGCAUAGAAUGGUAACUUUUGGUGGGCUUGGAUAUGUACACAUUUCACACAAUGUUACACCACUCAUGUUAAAAAGAGAUUUCACGCUGGAUGACAUCUAUUUAAUAAGAAAUGAAAAUCCUUAUAGAUGGCUUAACCGACUUAAUCUGUAAUCAAUUUGCAAAAUAGAUUGCAGCAGGGCGUAUCUCAUAUACUUUAUACAAAAUAUAAAAGUUUUU